ACCAGUGUGAACCGUCUGAAUGCCACCUCCGGCCCCGAACCAUUUCCUGUUGCCUCCCCCCCGCAGUUGAACGAUGGUCAGUUUACGCCCAUCCAGCUGGUCGGGAUGUUGCGGGGUAUCGCCUCCGGCAUGCGCUAUCUCUCCGACAUGAGCUACGUUCACCGCGACUUGGCAGCCCGGAACAUCCUGGUCAACAGUAACCUGGUUUGCAAAGUGUCCGACUUCGGCCUCUCUCGUUUCUUGGAGGAGAAUUCCUCGGAUCCGACCUAUACGAGCUCGUUGGGGGGCAAAAUCCCGAUCCGCUGGACAGCCCCUGAAGCCAUCGCCUUUCGCAAGUUCACGUCGGCCAGCGACGUCUGGAGUUACGGCAUCGUUAUGUGGGAGGUGAUGUCGUUCGGAGAGAGGCCCUAUUGGGACAUGUCCAACCAGGAUGUGAUCAACGCCAUCGAGCAGGAUUACCGCCUUCCGCCCCCCACCGACUGCCCCACCUCCCUUCACCAGCUGAUGUUGGACUGCUGGCAGAGAGAUCGCAACGCCCGGCCUCGUUUCGCCCAGAUCGUCAACUCCCUGGAUAAGCUGAUCCGCAACCCUGCCAGCCUCAAAAUCGUCUCGCGGGGAAACGGCGGGCCCUCCCACCCUUUGCUGGACCAACGGCUGCCCCACUACUCGUCCUUCGGCUCGGUCAGCGACUGGCUGCGUGCCCUCAAGAUGGGCCGCUACGAAGACAGCUUUGCCAACGCCGGCUUCACCUCCUUCGAACUGGUCAGCCAACUCUCGUCCGAGUGAG